AGCUAUAACGCGGUCGAGGCGGGUCGGAGGCUACAAAAGCGCUGUGGGGCUGGCCAAGAGCAGGAGACAUAGCUCGGGAAGGAGGAGGAAUAGGAGGAGGAACAGGCGGCUGUAGCACUAGCAGCAGCAUGGAGAAGGAUCCACCGGUGUUCAACAAGCCAAAGGUAGAACUUCACGUCCACCUGGAUGGGGCCAUUAAACCCGAAACUAUUUUAUAUUUUGCCAAGAAAAGAGGAAUACACCUUAAUGCAGAUACCGUAAAAGGCCUGGAGGAAUGUAUUCGUUGCAAAGAGCCUUACAGUCUCACAGAGUUCCUAAGCAAGUUUUCUAUCUACAUGCCAGCAAUUGCGGGCGACCGUGAGGCUAUAAGAAGAAUUGCUUAUGAGUUUGUGGAAAUGAAAGCAAAGGAGGGUGUAAUCUAUGUGGAGGCCAGAUACAGCCCUCAUUUACUUGCCAACUGUGGAGUGCAUCCUAUCCCCUGGGGACAAAAAAAGGGAGAUGUCACUCCGGAUGAAGUUGUUAGCCUUGUUAAUCGAGGGUUGAAAGAUGGAGAAAAGGAUUUCCACAUCAAAGCCAGGUCUAUUCUAUGCUGCAUGCGCCACAUGCCAAGCUGGUCACCAGAAGUAGUAGAAUUGUGUAAGAAGUAUAAGAAUGAUUCAGUGGUUGGUAUAGACUUAGCUGGGGACGAGUCAAUAUGUGCUGAAACCUGCCCAGAACAUCGAAAAGCUUAUGAGGAAGCUGAACGAUGUGGCAUUCAUCGGACUGUUCACGCUGGUGAAGUUGGAUCUUCUCAGGUCAUCAAGGAGGCCAUCAGUAUCCUGAAGGCAGAACGAAUUGGCCAUGGCUACCAUGUCUUUGAAGAUGAAAGUCUAUAUCAACAGCUUUUGAAAGAUUCUAUGCAUUUUGAGGUCUGCCCUUGGUCUAGUUAUCUCACUGGUGCGUGUAAAACAGAGUUCAACAAUCAUCCAUGUAUAAGGUUUAAGAAAGAUCGUGCAAAUUAUUCCCUGAACACAGAUGACCCACUCAUUUUCUGCUCCUCAAUUCAUACUGAUUAUAAAAUAGCUCGGGACUCAAUGGGCUUCACUGAAGAGGAAUUCAAGAGAAUUAAUAUCAAUGCCGCCAAGUCCUGCUUCCUGCCAGAGAAAGAGAAGAAGGAGCUUCUCUACAAGCUGUAUGAAGCGUAUGAUAUGGUAAAAAGCACAGAGUUCUAAUCUCUUCUGUGCUAAACAGCUAUGUCCUCUUGUACGCACAUUUCAGACCUCUGUUUUGCUUCUUGGAAGAUGACACACAGUGUUAUUAUUGUGUUUACUAUUAUCUACAGAGUGGGGUCAUCCACUAAGUGAAAAUAACAGUAUUUCUAUGAUGUUUGUCUCAUAUCUACCUAUAACAUAGUUCCAUAGGUAGAAUGUGGAACAUAAGUUAACCCUAUUCAUCUUUUACAUUGAAAACAGUUGUUAUUCAAAGCUGGAUCGCUAUUCAUUGAGGCUACAUUCAUCUCAUUUUCCACUCUAUUACAUCCAUUUAACCAGAUGUAAUAGUGGGGUAAAAAUACACACAAGAAAAACAAGAACUUUCUCAAUUUGUUGUCUUCUCUCUUAAAAAUGAAAGGCUUUAGAAAUUUUAAAUCAUCUGUGGCCUUACAGAUCGCUCCCAAUAAUUGGUAUACAUCAAUGGUUCUCAACCUGUGGGUGCCCAGGUGUUUUGGGCGACAACUCCCGGAAAUCCCAGCCAGUUUACCAGCUGCUAGGAUUUCUGGGAGUUGAAGGCCAAAACAUCUGGGGACCCACAGGUUGAGAACCACUGGUGCCCACAUAUGUGAACGAGAGGAAUAAAACCACACACUUCCAACUGAACAUUGAGAGUUCUGAUCUACCUAAAGAUAGAAAUGCUUUGAUUUGUAUAUGAUUCUUUUCAGCACUAACUCAACAUUAUUUUAAUAUCAUCAGAUUGUAUAAAAUUCUUAUCUACAGAUAGAAAAGUUUCGACUUGUACAUGAUUGUGUUUAGCCUUAGCACUAGCUCGACAUUUUUGUAGUAUCAAAAUGUGUAGAGUUCCUUGUCUAAAGCUAGGGCUUCAGUCCAAAGAUAGUUAGUUGUACGCACAUGGAGGAUUGAAUUUAAGAAGCCAGGGAAAGUAUAUUAUUAUCCAGCUGUACAUUUGCAUUUGAUUUCUGGACACAGAAAUGGCUGUAUUUAGUCCCUGCUUCAGCUUUUGCCUUUCAAAAUCCAACUUCCUUAAGAUGCCUUAAGGGACUGUACAUGCAUUUUAAAACUAUAGAUAUAACUGAUUUUAGAGAAGAACUGACCUUAAUCUAGUACAGACAUGGGAAAACUUCGGCCCUCCAGGUGUUUUGGACUUC